UAAGAUAGUCCAUGGUCAGACAAUUCCAUCUUUGAAGUGUAAAAUGACUGAGUUGGUUGGGGUGGGGGGCAGGAGGGGAUGGAGAAAAGUGUUUUACCAGUCACCGUACUGAUACAGUUCUGUCAUUUCAGCUUUACUGUAACAUAUUAUCCACAGUAACUGUUUUGGUUUGCUCUGUAUUUGUAUAACUUUUCUCUCAACGCAAUGAAAUUUUAAUAACAUCAUCACUGCCUCCACUCAUUCACAUUUUGCUCUAGUGCUCAUAGAUUAAGUUGAUUCAGCAGGUCACUAGAAUUUCUCCGUAUCUUCUUUGCAUGCUCGAUGCCUGAUUUUACCCCCCACAGACUUCCUUAAAAGUCAGUGGGAAUUCUGGUGUUAUUUAAAAAAAAAAAAAAAAAAAAAAAAAGCUUUAAUUCCAGGCUUUCACAUGCUCUAUUUAUCCUCAGGUCCAUAAAGCUCUUCAAAUUAGCAAGCUAAGCAAACACUUUUUGUUCAUUCCUAUUCUAGUGAAUGCAAUCAGCUGCAGGCUAUAUUAGCAUUACUAAUACUUGCUGAUAAAUACAUGUGUGUCUCUGUGUUUGCAUCUGUAUCUAUAUGUCUGUGUGUAUAUCGGUAAGUAAAAGAUACAUAGCACGAAUAAGUUCAUAGGAAGUAGCAAUAGUCAAAAUGAAGUUUAGUAUCACAGUUUAUACUUGUUUUUAAUCUUAGCACUUCAGCCUUCUAAAUUAAUCUUGUAGAAAAAGAAGUGACACUAACUCUGCUGUAGUGAUACAUGUUUCCAACAUCUCAGUCAGGAUUUGGACGCGUAUUUGGAUCAGUGAAGAACUUCAGUCUGCUCUUGUGAUGAGACUCUUAAAUGAAAACAAGUCAGAUACAACAAAAUUGUAUUAGGAUUUGUAAAAAAUUUAAUAUGGUGUCAGCAAAGAGGUUUAAUACCUCUUAAACUUGUGGACUUAGUCUUGUUGACUUACAAGCUGCUUACGUGCUUAUUAAGCAAGUGCUGAAGUUGAUUCAUGCAUUAAAGAAGUAACAGUCAGGCUAAGGGCUUCACGUUGGAGGUAAGCUGAAACUAAAGAGUACAGUCAGCCAUCUCUCUGUGUCGCUGUCUCAGUCUCUUUUUCUCUUUUUUCCCCUCCCCUUUUUUAUUUGGGACUGGAUUUAAGGAUCAACAGAUGUUAAAGAAUAACGCUUUGAACAGCAGUCUUCCAGCCAGGGCCUGCACCAAGAAUACCUGCUUCUAAGAAGGCUGACGUUGCUAGUCAUUGAAUUACAAGGAAAAACAUUAUUGUGUUCAAAGACAGUAAAACAUGGGUCUAAUUAAAGGCAGAAAUCGUAAUGUCAGUGAACAGCUGUGACUAUUACAGGGCAAUAUCUGCCUUCCUGCAGGUGACUGCUAUGAAUCCUCCUACACACUCACAGCUCUGCGUAUUUCAACAGAGGUUUACAGAGCAGCUUGUGUAUCUUCCAGAUCAGUUGGUCUUACCUACUGAAAGAUGAUGGAGUGUCAGAAAUCUUCUCUUAAAAAUUCCAGAUUUUCCUGAAGAAGUUUGUUGCAAAGAAGUUGCUUUUAUUGUUGGAGGAUGUUUUUAAGGACUUUUUUUUUUUUAAAUGCACCCAUCUAUAUGUGUAGAAACACACACACAAUUUUCUUCUGAUUUUGGAUUUCAAAUGUGUUUCACAGAAUCCAGAAGGUUGUCUCUCCUCUGUCAAUAUUUGUAACUGGUUAAUGAUCAACCUCCUGACCUCAUGGCUGUUCCUGGUGUACAUCCAAAUCUCUCUCCUGUCUUCCCCUAAAAAAAUAAAGAAAAAAGUGAGUAUAAUUGCAUGGUUCUGUGUAAAGUGAAUGCAUUCUGGAUCCUGUGUUUUUGGAAAAAUGAUACAGGCAGCAAAGAGGUAUGUGCUGUCAAAUCCUGGUAAAUUAUUUAGCCUGGGAAGGUAAUAUGAAGAAGUACAAACUUCUGUCUUGUAACUUUUACUGCCAGGUACGUGGUAGAUGUUUUCUCAUUGGGGUUUGUGCAUAUGGUCUUACUUGACAAGAGCAUCAGUAAUUACACAGCAGCUGCCGUCAUUAGAAACUGCUGGCUGAAGUGUGCAGCUCAGCCCUAGCCUGGGAUCCUUUGCAGUUUAAACAAGGCUGUCACUGGAACUGGCUUCUCGCUUCAGGCCUGAUCCAUGCCUCCCGUGUUCAGCAUAGCGCUUUUAUUACUUUUGUGGGCUUUGGAUCAGACCCUGCACCACAUCCUGGGCUAGGUCGAUCUCUGCACGUUGCCUUGUGAACCGUUGGGAUUCCUGUUGUAGUGUACAGCGUCGGUGUGGCUUGGAGGAACAAUGGACAUCAGAUCAAAAUGAAUGGGGUAGAAUUUGCUUUCUUUGUCCCUUCUCUUGUCCUCUUGCUUCUACUUCUUAAUCUUUUUUGCAGGCUAAUUCACCCUUGUUUUUGUGACAGUAUACCAAUUUCAUCUUUCUUUUCCCUCUGAAGGAAAUUGGCAGGAAGUCAGGGUGUUCUGAAUGCUCGCUAGAAUGGAAAGCAGUUCCUCGCUUGUAAUGUUUCUCCUGAUGUGCUCCAUCAACAGCAGCUGUCCGUUUUCGUAUUCAGUGUUUAUGAGAAAAGAUGAAGCACACGAGGUGCUGAAAGUCCAUAAACGUGCUAACUAUUUCCUAGAAGAGAUUCGUCCAGGGAACUUGGAGAGAGAAUGCAAUGAGGAAAAGUGUUCAUUUGAGGAAGCUAAGGAGAUCUUCCAUUCACAGGAGAAAACGAUGGAGUUUUGGUUCAAUUACAAAGGUUUAAAUCCAUGUAGUACAAAUCCCUGUAACAAUGGUGGAGUCUGCAAAAUAAGACACUACAAUUACUUUUGCAUCUGCCCCCCAAAAUUUGGAGGAGACAACUGUGAAAAAGAGAAGUUUGAAUGCUGGUAUAAGAACGGUGGGUGCUGGCAGUACUGCAGGGAUGGCAGCAGCGCCUUUCACGUGGUGUGUUCCUGUGCAAAGGAUUACACCCUGCAUGAGGAUGGGAAGAGAUGCAUGCAAGCAGCACCAUUUCCAUGUGGCCUGAUUAAAGCCAGGCAGGCUCUGGAGGAACAGCGGCUGGGGCAGAAAAGGCUACUGAGGGGACUGCGUGAGCACAGGGAUGAUGUAGCCAAGUGGAAUGAGAGUAUGGAGGGUGCAGUUAGGCAAACGGAGCUGGAACAAAGUGCUCUUGGGGCAAAAGGGCCCUUAAAGGAUGCCUUUGGGCAGAGCAUGCACAUGGAGGGUGACGCUGGACAAACUGAGGUGGCAGGGGAUGCUUCCAGCUGGAACAAGACCCUGGUGGACUCCAUGACCCAGAAGCCACUGGGGGAUGGUGCUGCUGGGCAGGAGGCGGCUGUCCCUGCGCAGGACGAGGCAGUGGAGGGGACUGCCAGGACUGGCAAGCCCGGGAGAGGCCCAGCUCUGAGGACUGAGCCAACCCCAGGCCCUGCAUGGCAGAACAAGACCAUGGCGCCUGCUGCUUGGCAGAAAGAAAGGGUGGAAAAUGCUGCUGGGCAAAACCAAACAGGGGAGAGCACUGGCCAGAGCAAAACAGGGGCCGUUCAAACCGUGCGUGAUGGUCUUAAUCAGAGCAGUGACUGGGGAAACGUUUCAGCCACACCUCAGUUCAUCCAGGUAAACGUCAGCUCUACCUUAGAGCACAAUGACUCCAGGAUAAUGGGAGGAACUUUGUGUCGUCGUGGACAUUGCCCCUGGCAGGUUUUGAUCCGGAAUAGUAAAGAUACUGGUUUCUGUGGAGGGAGUUUAAUCAGCAGUCGCUGGGUGGUCACUGCUGCUCACUGCCUUGAUCUUGUCAGACCACACCACGUUACCGUAGGAGACUUCGACAAAUACCAAAGAGAAUUCAAAGAACAGAAGAUUGGUGUGGAACGGACCUGGGCACAUCCACAUUAUGAUUCAAAUCACUACAACGGUGACAUCGCCUUGUUGUACUUGAGCAGUGAUGUUAUUUUUAAUGAGUAUGCAAUUCCCAUCUGCCUUCCAAGCCCUAACCUUGCCACCCUGCUGUCUGAAGAAGGAAGAAUAGGGAUGGUAAGCAGAUGGGGUGCCACUCACGACAGAGGUUCGACUCUGCGCUUCCUCAUGAAAGUCUGGCUGCCCAUUGUGAACAUGGAGACCUGUCAGCGGUCAACAGACAGACUCAUUACUGACAACAUGUUCUGUGCAGGUUACAACACUGAGGUUGCAGACACCUGCAAAGGGGACAGCGGUGGCCCUUUCACAGUGCCUUACCACAACACUUGGUUUCUCUUGGGGAUUGUAAGCUGGGGGGAGGGCUGUGCUGAAAAAGGAAAAUAUGGUGUAUAUACAAGAGUGUCCAACUACAUCCCCUGGAUUCAAGAGAUUGUUGAAAGUGUAGCAGAUGUGGAAAACAUUUCCAUUAACUUCUCUAAAUACCACUUUUAAAAGUGGGGACAACUCUAAUAGUCUGUUUCAGUCUAAGACUCAAGGCAGUUCCUCUCCCUUACUGGUAUAAAAUCAAGAUUAUUGUUGAAGCAAUUUUGAGUCUGUUCACUAUUUGUGGUAAAAUUGUUCAUUCAAGUAUUACUGAGUAAAAUACUUGUAUAUAAUGAAAGAACUAUUCGGCAAAUAACAAA